UGAAACAUAAUACAUACCACCACUAGAAAUGAAAAAUAAUAAGAUGGUUAGGGAGAAUUUAUUGAGUGUGAUUAUGCUGAUGCAUGCAAUUAUUGGGCUUCCUUAUAAUGUGAGGGGGUUAAGUAUGGGUUACUACAUGAUGAACUGUCCUAUGGCAGAACAGAUUGUGAAGAAUACUGUUGACAAUGCUCUUCAAGCUGAUCCAACUUUAGCUGCAGGUCUUAUCCGUAUGCUCUUCCACGAUUGUUUCAUUGAGGGAUGUGACGCAUCGAUACUGCUAGAUUCAACAAAAGACAACACUGCUGAAAAGGAUUCACCUGCGAACCUGAGUCUACGUGGCUACGAGAUCAUAGAUGAUGCAAAAGCAGAAAUAGAGAAUACAUGUCCUGGAGUUGUUUCUUGCGCUGAUAUUAUUGCCAUGGCUGCUAGAGAUGCUGUAUUUUGGGCUGGUGGUCCAUAUUAUCAAAUACCAAAUGGAAGAUUUGAUGGUAAAAGAUCGAAGAUAGAAGAUACAAGAAAUCUUCCAUCACCUUUUCUCAAUGCCUCUCAACUCAUUCAGACUUUUGGCCAACGUGGUUUCAGUGUGCGAGAUGUUGUUGCUCUCUCUGGAGCACACACCCUUGGCGUUGCACGAUGCUCAUCCUUCAAGGAUAGACUUACCACCCCAGACUCCACCAUGGACUCCUCUUUUGCAAAAACUCUUUCUAGAACUUGCAGUGCUGGUGACAACACAGAGCAACCAUUUGAUGCCACGCGUAACGAUUUCGACAAUGCUUACUUCAAUGCGCUUCAGAGGAAAUCAGGAGUCCUCUUCUCAGACCAAACCUUAUUCAACUCACCAAUGACCAGGAAUCUUGUUAAUGGCUAUGCCUUUAACCAAGCUAUGUUUUUCUUUCAUUUCCAACAGGCCAUGCAGAAAAUGAGCAAUCUUAAUGUCAAAUUUGGUUCUCAAGGUGAAGUCCGUCAAAACUGUCGCAGUCUUAACUAAAGCAUGUAUGCCAAAAUGCAUUAAUGAUUUUUGUAUUGAUGCUCCAACCUUUGGUUAUAUCUCUACUCUUAUCAUAUGAUUGAUCAUGAUGAAUCUCUUGUGCUACCAUGUAACAGUAUUGGUGUAAUCUAUCAUAAUACGUAGUUGUAUACUUAUUGUUUCUGGGUUCAAAGCUUGUGACCUUCCUCCAUGUAUUCAACAGAUAUGAUCUUCGUCUCUAUCCAAGGCCACAUUCUAUAAAUAUGCCCUAAAGAUAUCUAAAACUUGAUAUAAAUGUGUAAU